CUUGUGGGAACUGUCAGACCAGCUCCAGGCGCUGGGGCUUUCUCAGUGGCCUUGUCAGCUCACAACAGGUGUUAACAGCCUCUAAUUGAGGAAACUGUGGCUGGACAGGCUGCAAGGCAGUUCUGCUCCGCAUCGUUCUCUUGCUGACUGGAGACUGCUGAGCCAGUGCACGGCACAGCGUCUGGUGGGGGUGGAGGGGCUGGCCUGGCCCCUCUGUUCUGUGGAAAUGUUGGGGCAAGUGGUCACCCUCACACUCCUCCUGCUCCUCAAGGGGUAUCAGGGCAAAGGAUGCCAGGGAUCAGCUGACCAUGUGUUUAGCAUCUCUGGAAUGCCCCUUCAGUUACAACCAAACAGCAUACAGACGAAGAUUUACAAUGUCCAGUGGAAGAUGUGGCUGCCCUCACAAAAUGCAUUUCGUCAGAUAUUGCAGUGGGAGAAUGACUCUUCACCUUUCAAUACCUUCAACAAUAGAUUCAGUUUUAUAAUCAAGAACUCGACUCUUCUCAUCAAGGCAGCUCAGCAGCAGGACAGUGGCCUCUACUGCCUGGAGGUCACCAAUAUGAUGGGACAAGUUCAGAGAGCCAAGUUCCAGGUUUUUGUAUUUGAUAAAGUUGAGAAACCCCGCCUACAGGGGCAGGGCAAGAUCCUGAACAGAGAGAGGUGCCAAGUGGCUCUGUCCUGCUUGGUCUCCAGGGAUGACAAUGUGACCUAUGCUUGGUACCGAGGCAGCAAGCUGAUCCAGACAGCAGGGAACCUCACCUACCUGGAGGAAGAGGUUGACAUUCAUGGCACGCACACAUAUACCUGCAACGUCAGCAAUCCUGUUAGCUGGGAAAGCCACACCCUGAAUCUCACUCAGGACUGUCAGAAUGCCCAUCACGAAUUCAAAUUUUGGCCGUUUUUGGUGAUCAUCGUGAUUCUAAGCACACUGUUCCUUGGCACCCUUGUCUGCUUCUGUGUGUGUAGGAGAAAGAGGAAGGGGAAGCAAUCAGAGACCUGUCCCAAGGAAUUUUUGACAAUUUAUGAAGAGGUCAAGGAUCUGAAAACCAGGAGAAAUAAAUUCUGGCAAUGGAGGAAAAGAGGAAACAAAAGGAGCAGAGAAGAUGAAAGGGAAGCUGAAGGGGCUUCUUGGUGCAGAAUUGCACCUGCUGAGAAGGGAUGGAGCACAACAGAAAUCAAUGGCAGAGGCAGAGUGCUGCUGUGGUAUUUGUUGUCUGACCACAAAUUCUUUUUCCUAAUGAGUCAGGGCUUGCAUUCAUGAGUCCCUUAAUGGUGACACAGGCUGGGAAGUGUGACCAGCCAAAGCAUAACAGUUUUGUAGCUGGCUCAAUGGACUGCAUUUACAGCCUUUUGGGAGAAGAGGCCUAAGUGUGGCUGAGGUACUAGAGUAACCAGCCUGGCACAAAGCCAACCAGCCUGAGUGGGUUCCUCCAGGAGCCUCUCGCCUGCUCUCUGUGGCAGGCAGCGGCCAACUCCGCCCGUCAUCCAAGAAUUAGAAGAGGAGGAAAUUGCAGAGGGCCUGCAGAUGCCCCUGCUGCUGUGUCCUGCUCAGGGCUGAUGUGGUGACAGGCCCAGGGGAAAGCUCUAAUGGGGCCUACCAAACUGCUGGCAGGAAGUUGGGGGGUGAAGUGGGGUGGAAAUGCCUUCUUUCCACUGCCCCCUGGCGCUUGGCUAUGGAGACCCAGCACCACGUAGGAAGCACAUGUGGUGGGGCUCUUCCGCGCUGGCCACAUACGUGAGGCCCUGUGCAGCCUCACAGAGCAGGCAAGCAUCCUCUCCCAGGUCUGGUUUCAGAGUCAGUUAGGGCAGUUCCCCACGCCUGUUUUGUUUUGUUUUGGCCCCAGUGGUGGCUAUGGGAAUGUGAAAAAUAAAGCAGUGGCUAUUGGAAUGUGAAAAAUAAAAGGGAACUUUGUUUCUCUCACUGCUACCAGACUCUGGUGCAAAUUCCUGAGAGCAUGUGAAUCUAUCCACAGCCAAUGAUGUGCGGGUGCUGCUUGCUACAAAUAAUCUGUUUUUCCAAAAAGAAGAUGACUUGAGUUUAGGAGACCACAGGGGGAGAAACAACUUAGUGCAAAGGAAACAUCUUGGGGAUUCAGGCCUGUUAGCUUACUUCUGACUCAAGAGCUCCUCCCUAUCUGGCCUCAGCCCUCUCUGGCCUCUCCCUAUUGUCUCAGGGUUCCAAUUUGAAGACCUAAAUCUCAAGUUUCAUGUGGUCUCACUUUCAGACCCAGCUCUAAUCUUUCUAGAAACACUUCAGAUGAGUCUGGACAGGAGAGAAAAGCAACAAACUCUUGCAGUAUUUUAAAACACAAAUGAAGUUAUUGACAUUGUCAGAUGCCCAUGACUCUCCAGCCUCUAAGGACAGCUGACAGUUCUCUGCUCCUCUUAGUUUCUUCUUGCUUCCAGGAAUUUAGCUUGCACCUUGCCUAAUGAAACCUUCUGGCCUCCACUGGCUCCCAUUAGAACCCAAACUGGCAAUAUGCUUUCAGUGGUCAGCAGCAUGAAAUACCUCCACCACCGAUUUCCUAAGGGGCAAGAACAAGAAAAGGGAAGCAGGAAGUGCUGCUCCCUGCUUUGGCCCUUGGGUUCAGGGCUGCACCCAGCACUGUAGCUGCCCAGGAGGCUGGCUUGAGGUCAUGGGCAAAGUGACACUGAAGAUGAUCUAGAAAGGGCUUAACUGUGUUUGGUCUUUGAAAUGUUUAAACUUUCUGAAUUCCAGUGCUCUGACGUAAGGCUCGGAUAACAGCCCUACUCAGAGCUUUGCAAGGAAGGGUUUCUAAGUUAGUAAAGGAAAGAAAGUGACAGCAUUCUCUUUGGGCGGGGUUGCUGGAAUCCCUCACACCUGGGUGGUUCCUUGCUCCUGAUACUAAUGGCUUCACUGCGAACUGCUCUUCUUCCUGUCUUUCCCCAUCCUGGGAGGAUCAGUGACUCUCCUCAGUCCUGCCACCUCCCUCCCAGGCUCCUGAAAGCCCCUCUUCUUUGUGCUGUUUUCCCCUGCUCAGUCUAAAUCUGGACUGACCUAGCUGUCUGCUCAUGUUACCCCAUCCCUAUUU